GUUAAGGUUUCAGGACUGGUUAGGAUGACUUCAGUGAUCUCUACGGGCGAUAUCAGGAAACGCAACAGGUGAAAAACUAUUCAUUUUCGCAAUGCGCUGUCGUCGUUCCCGCUAACACGCAAACUAGCCAAGGAAGGUGCACUUCUGGAAGACAACUCUGCCUGCAUUUGGGAAGUUCGAGGAAGGGAGAAAUAAUAAUUCUUCUCACGCAACAGAACCUACUGCCAUGGACGACAACUUGAGUAACUCCAAUGUAAAGGUCGCUGUUCGCCUCCGACCAAUGAACAGAAGAGAAAAGGAUCUGAAGACUAAAUGUGUGGUGGAGAUGAACGGGAACCAGACAGUGUUGAAUCCAGCUAGUCAGAACCUGAGCAAGGGAGACCCGAGGAAUCAGCCUAAGGUCUUUGCUUAUGACUACUGUUUCUGGUCCAUGGAUGAGGCCGACACAGACAAGUUUGCAGGUCAAGAGGUCGUGUUCCAGUGCCUUGGAGAGAGUCUUCUGGACAAUGCCUUCUUGGGCUAUAACGCCUGUAUCUUCGCUUAUGGACAGACAGGCUCAGGGAAGUCGUACACCAUGAUGGGUUCGUCAGAGCAGCCAGGUCUGAUCCCGCGGCUGUGCAGCUCUCUGUUUGACCGGAUCCUACAGGAACAGAGGGAGGGAGAGAGCUUCACUGUAGAGGUGUCCUUUAUGGAGAUCUACAACGAGAAGGUUCGGGAUCUACUGGAUCCCAAAGGAAGUCGUCAGGCCCUGCGAGUGAGGGAACACAAGGUGUUCGGGCCUUACGUUGAUGGUCUGUCCCGUCUGGCUGUAGCCUGCUAUAAGGACAUAGAGUGUCUGAUGUCAGAGGGUAACAAGUCUCGUACAGUAGCAGCCACCAAUAUGAACGAGGAGAGCAGCAGGUCCCACGCAGUCUUCAACAUCAUCCUCACACACACUGUAACGGACCUGGGUUCUGGGACGAGUGGCGAGAAGGUCAGUAAGCUGAGUCUGGUGGAUCUGGCCGGCAGUGAGAGAGCUGCUAAGACUGGAGCUACUGGAGAGAGAAUGAAGGAAGGAAACAACAUCAACAAGUCUCUGAGCACACUGGGCUUGGUGAUCUCAGCGCUUGCAGACCAAGGAGCAGGGAAGAACAAGACCAAGUUUGUUCCCUACAGAGACUCCGUUCUGACCUGGCUACUCAAGGACAGUCUGGGUGGUAACAGUAGAACAGCCAUGGUGGCCACGGUGAGUCCAGCAGCUGAUAACUACGACGAGACGUUGUCCACGCUGCGCUACGCUGACCGGGCUAAGAGCAUCGUCAACCACGCCGUCGUCAACGAAGACCCCAACGCACGCAUCAUCAGAGAGCUACGGGAGGAGGUGGAGAAACUACGAGACCAGCUCACUGAGGCAGAGGUACUGGAUGGCUAA